AUGCUCGCACAAUAUGAAUCGGAACUGGAUUCGGCAGCUGAUGUUCUGGAGCGCGACAUCGACACCGCAUCUGCAUACUCAGGGGCUAUAUCAGAUACAGCCACUAAACUGUUUAGAACACAAGGGAGGGAUUCAAGAUCUCCAUGGUUUGACGAGGAGUAUAAGAGAGGAACACGUUUGAAGAACGAAGCAUUUAAAGCUAAGGUUCAGCCGAUAUCAAUCAUGAAGGUAUUCCUUGUAACUCUCCUCGUCGUCGGCUUGGCCGCUGCUGCUCCUUGUCCUAAGUGCAUCGUCAAGAACUUGAAGGCCCAGCUCCAACAGGACGUAGAGGACAUCGAGACUCACACCAAGCAGUUGAUCCAAGAUUUGUCUACUCACUUUAAGGAAGACAUCGCCGCCUUUGUGAAUAACCCUCUUACAGGUUCGGCAGCCCUUGUCAAGGAUCUCUCCAAGGAUGCCCGAAACGUUGUCCUUACAACUAUUUCUGAUGUCAACAAAGUGAAUGAACACAUCAGGACAGCCAUCAAUGAAUUAAAACAAUUUGACGCGGGCCCAUUGAAGGAAACCUUGAGCAACCUCAUACAAAACCUGGUUGGAGCCUCCAGGGAAGCCAGGUCCAACGUGUACCAACUUCUGAAGCUGACCCCUUCCUACGUCCUAGAUGACGUCAUGGCACUACUUUCAGACCCAUCUGGUGCCCCCCAGGUCAUCAAAGAGCACUGGUACCAACACUUCAACCAAUUCCCUGUAUUGUAUGCCCUUAAUGUCUUAUUUUAA